GUCCUGCAGUUUUCCGACCUGUGUGUGCAAAUGGACGAGCUGGAUAUGGGACUCUCAAACGUUACAUCCUCAGCUGUUACACGAUUUGUCAUGCAAAACGAACAUCAACAUCCACAAGGUGAAGCUACUUCGCAUGACAAAUUUUUGAAAGGCUAAAAAAACAGCACCUAAAUAACCUGUGCCAAAUUUGUAAUGCUACAGGUGCAAGAACCUCCCUGCUUUGACUUUUGCCAUUCUUGCAUCACACAUUCAUGUAACAGUUGAUAGUGUAACAGUUGAGAACGCCAUACUGGACGGGGUGGACCUCUGGGUGCGGGGUGCAGGUCAGUACACGGACGCGGUACAAGCAGAUCAUGAAGGAUCCUUAUCGGGGUACCUGGUACCUGGACUGUGGUUCGUCGUUGGGGGUGCUGAGCGAAAGUAACAAGGACAAUAUCGAUGUGCUCCAGGCCUCAACCACAGUAGAGGAGAAGCGAGACGACUUUUCGAACUGCGGCAAGUGCUCGGACGACGAGGCGGUGUGUGGGCGCGACUUGUUUACGCCGUCGAAACAGCAUUUAAAGCCGAAUGCGAACCAGUUGACCUGCCUCACGCAGGGCUGCCUCGGGACGGGCAAUGCUCCGCAGGGCGUGACGAGGUUUCCCAGCGAUGCGGUGAAAGAUUGGUACAACUCGAUUACUAACUGGUGGGACCGCAGCAACAAGCGGCUUUGCUGCGAAGACAAUCACGGUUUCUGCGACACCGUCAAUUGCAACUCCGCGAUCUGUAUCGAAUGCAAAUAUGUCUGGGUCUGCAAAAGUGGAACUUGUGUUGCGUGUCUUACAUUCCUGAAAAAUCAGUAUUGCAUGGCCAGCAAUAGCGCCACUUUUUUUGUCAUGCAAAAGCGCUGUUUGUCAUGCGUGCUACGCAUCAGACGACGUCAACUAAACUUGUCAUGCUUGGUUGCACUUGAAAGCACCAGACUCAUCCAUACUUUAGCAUCACAAGCUUCCAGACCCAGACAUAUUUGCACUGCAUAAUCUGGGGGACUGGUUGGGUGCGGAAGGACACCGCGGCCUCGAUCCGUUGCUACUACGAGCCGUGCGGCUACUAUGCAAGAAAAAAACACGACUGUAGGUGUAACUUUCUUGGAGGAUUAGCAUGACAAAUAUCUCUCGCAUGGCAGCAAAAACCUGUCAUGCGCAGAUACUACGCGAAAACGCCCUCUAAGGAGCCCUACGAUGCAUGCCAAGCAUGACAGACGCAAUCAGCUUGAAUGUUGCGCAUCACAAAUUUACACUAACAACAUUUAUUUUUCUUGGAUAGCUACCAGGCUUUGCAGAUGAAGGAGCGUGAGAACUGUUGCGUGCAGGGAUGUAUCCUGUGCAAAAGUAUCGUACUCGUAUGAAUGCAAAUCUUGCAUUACAAAUUUCGUUGUCAAGGCAAAUCAGCAUUACAAAUUCAUUCUCUCAUGCUGAGGAAAUUUGUAAUGCAUUUAUACGAAUGCGAUACCAUACUUGUGCAGUUCAUAGGUUGCAGUGACCCGUCGUCUACAAACAGCUACGGUUUUCAAGUCGCUGGCAACAACUGGCUGGUUCUUCGGGAGCACGUGUCCGGUGUAAAAGCAUCCGCACCCCAGAGUUGUGAUGCAGAUUUGCAACUACUGCAACACUUGAGAUGCGCAUCCCCGUGAGAGGCAUUUCUUCUAGUAGUGUUCUGGCAUUUGUGAUCCUCUAUAACAGGAUAAGACUUUGACUUCUGCGUCUUUGUGAUGCGGCUGUCCUUGCUGAGCACCGCUAGACUGCAGACAGGAACCUGUCAUGCGCGACUCCCAAAGCUCUGGGGUUUGUGUUGCGGAUUUCUCAUCUUCGAACUUCGGGGUUGGGACGUUUUUACUCAGGACAGCACGCCACGCUGGGCUAUCCAGGCGUAUCUACUUACCAAAACGUUCCGACCAACAUGCUCUGGUGCAAUUCCGCCACGCACGAAAACAAGGGCACGAAUAGGAAAGUAAAAUGCAGCGGGAGCAACCAACCGCAACCGCUGCUUUUGGAUCCGCAAACGUGUGUGGAGAAGUGUAGCGCGGGUUCGGCGCGGGACCCCGGGAUCUGCGGUACGGAUUCGGAUUUUCCGACUAUUCUCAGUAAAAACGUCCCCACUUCUCUGUGCUUUAAUUUUGGUCUUUUCCAGUACAUAAAACACCCUAAAGUUGUCAUGCAAACCUGCAUGCCAAAAAAGUUUCGCUUGCGGAGCUAUUAUAUGAGAAGCAUUUUCUAAUCUUGUUUUGGAAUUUGUGAUGCUAGAAUCUGCAUGAUAUGCUAGAUCUGUGAUGCUUCGGAACUAGCUAAAGAGGAUGACACUACGGGGACAAACUUGUCAUGCCAAGCAACCAAAGCUGGUUGAUUUGUCUAGCAGAUUUCCCAUCUUGACUCAGGUGUGGGGACAUUUUUACUCAGGAUAGAGACCAAGACUGCUUCAUCAGUGUGCAGCUAUAACCGGUGCCUCAAGCAUGUAGAUUUUGACACCUUAUCAAAUGCAAAAAUGUCUGGGUCUGGAACAAAGCAUCUUGUCAUGCUAGAUCUGAAUCAUGUAAAAAUCUGUGUUGCAUGAUUGCCAAAAGCAGCUGUCCACUUUUGACCUAAUCGAGAGGCAGUUUGUUCUCAUGCAGGAUAGGCAUGAUAGAGCUCUCACAGAAUCUGUCAUGCUAUGUCCUACAUACCAGACCUCAUGGGUCAUGGAAAACCUGCAUGACAAGUCUGGCACUCUUCCAGACCCAGACACAUUCGCAGUUGAUGCGCCUGCUGUGUUCGCAAGUGCGCCCACGACCCAAGCGAUUUGCAUGGGUACGAGAUUGACGGAAGUAAACUGCGAGAGCAGGUAUGCUGUGCAGAAAGUAUCGUACAGCUCGUAGUAAUCGCAUGUAUGCAGAACAAAUCUCUUUUUCAAGGUAAAUCAGCAUGACAAAUUCCAUUUGUCAGGCUGAGCAAAUUUGUGAUGCGAUUACUACUAGUACGAUGCUUUUGCAAUUCAUAGCAGGGAAGCGACGGCGCUUUCCCCGGGGACAAUAAUUGGAAGACUUCUCAGUACCUGGUAUGUAACACAGACACGCACGUGCAGAUGACCUCCCCGGUCUACAAGUGCCCGUCGCCCGGCGGCCGGUUGGAAAUUCGCAAUACGGACUGCCGGGAGAAAUGCAGCGAGAUGACCACGGCAUUCUGCACGGACGACGAGCUAUGAGAGGGCACAACUUCCUCUCCCCCUCAUUUGUCAUGAAAAAUACCAAAUCCACUCCGUGCCUUUUGGCACUUGCUGUGGUAGCGCUCGGCUUUUGUAUGAUGAGGUCGCCGAAAGUGCUUCCUCGCCCACCCCCCGGGGAGGGGAUCCUUGCCCUGUGGCGCUGGGUGCGGGUGUCCACUAAAUGAUGAUGAUGAUGAUGGCACCACAUGCAUGACAAGUUCUCGGAGCCGCUCGAUAAAGCGCACUAGUACACACAGUCCGCGCGCUAGAUUUGUCAUGCCAAAACGACAUUUGCGCCACUGCUUGUGUUGCUGUUCAUGCUAUAGUACUAGUGAGGGGGAAAAAUUGUGUACUCGCAUACGCCAAUCUCCAGAGUCAGUACGUGAUUCGCACAGACCCAUCGAACUAUUGUUUGACCAACAAGUGCAACAAGAAUACGGAAGACCACAAGAGGUGCUGCAAAAAAAAGUGCACGUUUCCAAACAUCGGGUCCUGUGGUAUGGGACUACUCUUGAACGUUACAUUGUUUGCUGUUGCGUGUUGAUUAUUUGUCGUGCGAAAAUACCAUGAGCCGCCACACGAUCAACCUACUCCACAUGGAAAAUCCUCGAGGGGCCAAUCAGCAUGAAAAUAUGUGCCGAAUUUGUGAUGCGAGACGCGCAUCAAGAUCAAGCUCUCCCUUGUGCUUUUGCUAUCCUUGCAUCACGAAUUCGCGCAACAGCUAGCAACGUACUGUUUGAUAAUUCCACAUGUGGCACGGGCCGAGUACAGCGUUCCGGGAACGAUGGGGCGGAAUGUGAGAGCAACGGGGACGACUGCAACUUGAGCACGGUGCCUGGGGAUGCGGCCGCGUGUUGCCGACAGACCUGUACCAUGUCCUGGUGCAAUAUCCACACGUAAAUUUCCCGUACACGUACUAGCAAUGCGGUCUCUGCGUGACAAAACUUGGCUUCGAUCCUAGUUUAGCAACGCUCGUUCAUCAAAUUGGGGAGGUUCAAGUUUGUGAUGCAUCCUGUACAACAUGUACGGCAAAUUUGUAUUGCAUAUGCAACAAACAAAAAUUCGGGAGUUCCAAUGAGCGGCAGCACUUCCUGAAACACGGCGACGCAAAGAUUUAUCAAAGAAAUGCAAAAAGGUCUGGGUCUGGAAACUUGUGAUGCUAAAAUGUGCAUGAUGAAAACACUUCCGAAUGCAGUCCGGCAUGACAACUUUCCAAAACGCUUUCUCAUAGGCAAUCCGCAUGAGAAACUGCGUUUUUGCAUGACAAAAGAGGCUGCGACUUUUGUCGGUUAUGCAAUACAGAUUUUCUAGGUGUGGAAAGUUAGCAUUACAAGUUCCAACCUUCCAGACCCAGACAUUUUUACAAUCCAUAAGGUUCUUUGCGCGGGGUUCAACUGCGGCUACGGACCCGGCGCGAACGGUGUAUGAAGCCCUCAGGUUGGAAAUCCUCAAAGUGGAAAUAAUUUGUAAUGCAAAAAAGCGAUUCCAGUUCAGACGCCAUGUGUAGUCGGCGCAUGACAAAUCUACCGGGCCCUUAAAGCAUGUCUGUCAUGCAGAUUAAGGCAAAGGGGUGCCCUUCUCUCGUGCUAAGCAGCAUUCCAAUUCUUCACCCCUAGCAGGACAACAGUCGGUCUCCGUUGUGUCCUCUGCAAUACACUCUUUUUUGCCUUGCAUUUCAUGCAUCACAAAUUAUUUCCACUUUGAGGAUUUCCGUUCUGAGGCUUUCAUACGGUGUCGACGUAAGCACGUGUUGCGAUAAGGGUUGCUCCGCGCCGUGGUCUAUCCAGUGCAAAUUUGUCUUGGUCUGGAACGAAAGGUUGAUCCUGUAUUGCAUGUCUCGCACUCCUGGAAAAUCUGUAUUGCAUAAGCAGCAAGUCAAGAGCAAACGCAUCCCGUUUUUUUCAUGCAAAAUCGCAGUUUGUAAUGCGUGCUGCGCAUGAGAAAGCGUUCGAAAAAUUUGUCAUGCUUCACUGCACUUACAGGCGCACUCAAUCAUGACCGUUCAGCAUUACAAGUUUCGAGACCCGGACAUAUUUGCAAUCCAUACGGUCCUCCACGCAGAGUGGGGGAGGCAUCAGCUGGAACACCCGGUACGGCUACUCGCUACCGGGUAUCAAAAGGAAAAACUUCCCCUCCCCACAUCAAAACGGAAAUCUGUGAUGCGCAAUCUGUGUACAGAAAUCAAACCUGUCUUGCGGUACAGGACUGCACGCAGAUCGUAGGCCUAGGCAGGGGCCUUUUGGUGUAGGUGUCUCGCAUGGCAGACGUCUGCCCUGUAGGCCUUACAGCAUGACAGAGUGCCUGCAUAACGCGGCGGAUUCUCUACGUUUGCCCUCUUGCAAGACAGAAAUCUGCGGCGCAAAUUUUCAGACGGAUGCGCUUUCAAUGUGGGGAGGGUGGAUUUUUCCUUGCAAUACCGGGAAAAUCCAUGGAGCUCGCGAACUGGAAGGACCUGCUUGCUGACGCCCGGCCGGACAACAACGCAGGCUGGACGAGGAACAACAACAUGCUCCGCUGCGAUAUGGGAUUCUCAAGCGUUACAUUCUCCCCUGUUACCUGAUUUGUCAUGCAAAAUCUCCAUCGAUAUCUACAUCAUCAAGCUGCUUCGCAUGACAAGUUCUCGACGAGCUAGAUAACUUUUGGAUCGGCGUCAAACUUGUAAUGCAAAAGGCGCAAGCUGCUUCCCCCUUUCACUUUUGCCAUUCUUGCAUUACAUACAAACUCAUGUAAGUACAUGUAACAGUUGAGAAUGUAGCGUUUGGGAGCUCCAUAUGAGGCACGGGGCAGACCAGCGUUUCAAUCGGCGGGAACUCCGCGGGCGCGGUGUACCGGUGUCUGGGCCCCAACGACGAAGUGAAAAUAGACGGGUGCCGGGAGACCUGCAACCACGUAUGCAUUGCAAAAGUAUCGUACUCGUAUCAAUGCAUUACAAAUUUCCUCAGCAUGAGAAAUAAUAAAAUUGGUUGACAAACCAAAAUCUCAACCACGCCAAUUUGUCUCAACGUUGAGACAAAACGCCCCAACGUUGACACCGACGCCUCAACUUCGGCACCGUUUAGGUUAGGGAUUAGGGUCUAGGGUUUGGGGUUCUGGUCGCUGGCCAGGGCAGCCGCCGCCGGCCGGCCGGCCGGCGGCGGCUGCCCUGGCCGACGACGACGACCUCUCCGCCGCUGGCCGGCCGGCCGACCUCCCCGGCCGGCCGGCUGGCGUACCUCUCCGCCGCUGCCGACGAGCGUUGUUUGGGGCCGCCGGGCAAUCGUUGAGACGAUUGCCCGUCGGCCUCAUGAACGUUGAGACAAGAACGUUGAGAUUCUGGUCUGUUAACCAAAUUUGUAAUGCGGAUUUACCUUAAGAAAAAGACUUGUAAUGCAUGACUGCAAUACGAGUACGAGACUUUUGCAAUUCAUACCACGCCCACGCCUGCAAUGGCUCCGGCAACUUGCAAUUGAAGCCGAACUAUCAAGUGCAAAAAUGUCUGGGUCAGGAAGAAUUCUUGUCUGGAAGAAUUCUUGUCUGGAAGAAUGUUUGUCAUGCUUGUCUGGCAUGACUCUUAAAUCUGUCAUGCACGUUAAUACCCAAGAGCUCCGUUUUUCUGUGAAGAUGCAGAAGCGCAGUUUGUCAUGCAGAAUAGGCAAGAACACCUAGGAGCUCAGAAACUUGUCAUGCUGAGCCAGCAAUUGUAGCCUCAUCAUGAGACGCAACCCAGCAUCACAAGUUUCCACCAGACCCAGACAUUUUUACUUUUGAUACGAACGCGGGGCACUGCGGCAAAAAUCGCUGCGUGGGCGGCUACAACUCGGCCGACGAGCAGAAAUGCUGUUUGAUGAAGUGCAGUAUGAAUUGCAAAAGUACCGCACUCGUAUAUAUGAUUUAGCAUUACAGCAUGAGAAAUGAAAUUUGUAAUGCGGAUUUACCUUAAGAAAUGCAUGACUACGAGUACGAUACUUUUGCAGGUCAUAUGCGGCCACUCGGCUCCCAAGGGCCAUUGUGAGGGCAAGAGCUGUAUCUAAUGCAAAUAUGUCUGGAUCUGGAAGGAUGCAACUUGUCAUGCUGCUUUGGGACUCUACAGAAAAUCUAUAUUGCAUGAACAGCAAAAGAGGUGCAAUUUGUGCUACGCGGGGAGGGCAUUUCUCAUGCGGUAGGAGCAUCAGAAAGCCCUCGCAGAAUCUCUGUUGCUAGGGCAUGCAUCACAGACCUCAUGGGUCAUGCAAAAGCUGCAUGACAAGACCCAGACAUAUUUGCAUUUGAUAAGCUGGGGCGGCUGGGCGGGAAUUCGGGACGCCGCGAAUUUGGCCGAUAUAUGCAAUGCAAAAGCAUCGGACUCGUACUGUUUGCAGUUAUGCAUUACAAAUCCAGAUGUUACGGUAAAUCCGCAUUACAAAUUCCAUUUCUUCUAAUGCGGAGGGAAUUUGUAUUGCAAUCACUACUAGUUGUACGAUGCUUUCGCAAUGCAUACCAUACCUGCGUGGACAACGUGUGCGAACAUUCGCGCAAUCAUAUCCUGAGGAAAAAUGUCUCCACCCCAGAGUUGUCAUGCAAAUCUGCAUGCUAAAAAAGUUUCUCAUGCAGAGCCCCACGAGAGCCAUUUUCAAAUCUAAUCAUGUUGUGGAAUUUGUGAUGCUAGAAUCAGCAUGAGCAUGAUAUGCUACGUCUGUGAUGCUUCGGAACUAGCUAAACAGGAUUCCACUUCUACGAGGAUAACCUUGUCAUGCGAAACAACCAGAGGUGGCUGAUUUGUCUAGUGGAUUUUCCAUCUUGACUCUGGUGUGGGAAGAUUUUUACUCAGGAUAAAUCACGACACCGCGACAUGCUGCGCGAUGAAGUGCAGGUCUUUGGGAACUCAGGGUGCGGCGUGCCAAUUGACCGGGUUCAGCGGGGUUCCCAACCAGGUGCACACCGGGUUCAAAGUUCGGAGCUCGCCGCAAAACUACCAGUGCGUGUCCUGGCCGUGUUUCCGGGACAUCAUACGAACUGCAAAAGCAUCGUACUCGUAGUAAUUGCAAUUACGCAUUACAGACUUUUUUCUUAAGCUAAAUCCGCAUAUGAUUUUCAUGCUGAGGGAAUAAUUUGUCAUGCAUUUUUUAUACGAGUGCGAUACUAUACUUUUGCAGUUCAUUCAUCAAUGGUGGCGACCACAACGCAGUAGAUCGUGCCACCUGUUGCACGGAAACCUGCUCGCGAGCGGAAUCGGAUCGGGGGUUUUGUGCUGGCUUCACCUCUAUCCUGUGCAAAAGUAUCGUACUCGUAGUAAUUGCAAACAUGCGUUCGCAAAUUUUGUUCUGAAGCCAAAUCCGCAUUACAAAUUUUAUGUCUCAUGCUGAGGAAAUUUGUAAUGCAUUUAUACGAGUGCGAUACUUUUACAGUUCAUAACCUCUUCGUCCAAUCUGGACCACUUCUAUUCCGCCAACCCAGCGAGGGUCAACAGUCAGUGCGGGAACCCGUUGUGCUCGGGCGCGGGGGACCGGGACAAUGUCUGUUGCUGGCGCGGGUGCCGAAAAUCCGUGACGACUGUGCCGAAAGGCUAUGUAAUCUCGAGCAACGCGAAGUGGCGGAACCUGUUGGACUCGGCCCCGCCUGACGCGCAAGCGUAUCACGAGAAAAAACUGUUUCACUGUAAUGUUUUUGCAAGAUCUGCAUCACAAGUUUGCUACGCAUGGCACAGAAAAUUUGCCAUGCGCGUUUUUCCCAUAGGGAAAAACACGGUUGGAACUCCAAUGCUCUAUGCAGGUGUAGCAAGACAAAUAGUUCUGUGUUCCAUUAUUUUCUGCAUCACAAGUUCACAGCGAAACAGUUUUUUCUUGCGAUAAGGCGCGUACCUCGAGCAGCAACCUGGUCUGCGCUUCCACGCACACCGGAACAGCCCAUUACGCCUGCAACGCUCCGAAGAACGGGUUGGCGUUAACUGGGUGUCGGGAGCAGUGCUUUUACGGACGAGCCUGCCAAACGGAUACGAGCAAGGCCGAUCGGUAUUUGCAACGACCGAAUGCUGGCGGAAUUCUCUGCGCAACCAAUGACUGCCAAGGGAAUGCGGCAGACACAAAUACCUGUUGCAUUCAGGGGUGUAAGAAGCCAUCGAGUUCGCAAUCGGUUUUGGUCCGGUACGUUAUCAACGGGCAAAAAUACCCGAGUCAAGAUUGGGACAAGCUGGUGAAGAAUACUAUGGGACUGUCAAUUGUUACAUUCUCAACUGUUACAUGAAUUUGUAAUGCAAGAAUAGCAAAAGUCAAAGGGGGACAAUUGCGCCUCUAGCAUUACAUAUUCCGCACUUAUUUAAAUGCUGUUUAGCCCUCCGGGAAUUUGUCAUGCGAAGUCGCUUCACCCUGUGGAUGUUGAUGUUGAUUUUGCAUGACAAAUCGUGUAACAGUUGAGAUUGUAACGUUUGAGAACGCCAUAAAUACGGCGUUUUACCCUGGGGGCGGGUUUCGGGCAAGUGGGAAUUUACACGGUGAGGAUAAGUAUCGAAUGCAAAUAUGUCUGGGUCUGGAAGAGUGUGAUGCUGUUUGUGCAUGACACAGAAGGUCUAGCAUGCAAGUCCUAGCAACGCAGGUUUUGAGCAGGUUAGGCGAGGAUGCCUAAUCCGCAUGACAAGACCCCUCUUUUGGUGACAAGAAAUGAGCAACUUUUGCGUUUCAUGCAUGACAGAUUUUUGUCUUGUCUCAAAUGCGCAUCAGAAGUUUACAUGUUUCCUGACCCAGACAUAUUUGCAAUGCAUAAUAAGUCCGCGAGCGCCACGGUGUACUUCUCCGAUUCUUUCUCCUGCAACACCGUGGAUUUCCAAGCAAAAACAAACACAGGCUUGCGGUUUAAAUGCAGCGGGGUGAACCAAAACUUGCAAGAGGACCCGACGAAUGGUUGUCACCCGAAGUGCAUUUGUACCCGGGGUACAUUAGAUCCAGUACUCACGAACUGCCCGGCCCCGCACGCGCAGAAGUGCACGGCGUGCACAAGCAGGCCGGGGUUGGAUGAACUGCGGCACAUUAGUGCCAACGACGGGAGCGUCCCGCUUGUGCUGAAACACCUUUGGCCGGCAAGCGCACCGAGCUACGGAACCGGGCGGUACUACGAUAACACGUGGUGUUGGCCGAAGUGCGAGAACGUCGCGUGCGGUUCGCACAACGCGGACCAAGAGAGCCGGCCUUUUUACCAAAAGAAUCGGCGGAAUCCGGACGCGUAUUUUCCCGAACAUGGGGCUGGUUCUAUGGGCACGGUAGUCACGUGGUGCGACAACCAUGGGGACAGCGACGCUGUCUGCAAAACCGACUUGAAUUGCUGCCGCAAGGGGUGCAUGAAACCCAAAGAGAAGACCGGCUACGUGAUUUCUUGGAAGGACGCGUUGAUUCAGAACGAAUUGUACCCCGCGACCGGAGGCCGUAUUUUUCUUUUGUUUUUGUAAGAUUUGAAAAACUUCUUCUCGAGGAGUUGCAUCUUUGUUUCAUCAUUUUAGGCGUAGAUUUUGUUUCAUGACGUACAGAUAGGAUACAACAUCGUGACAGCUCUAGAAGUCUUGUAAAAUAGUUACCUAGCUACAGAAGACGACCACCACGACAAUAAAACUAGGAUAGCUAAAGGAGAUUCCUACAACAGAAUUAGCUGCGCUAACAACUCUAUUCGUGUACAAACUAGUACUCGUCGUAAGGAUAAGAAUCUUUCAGGAACAGACGCACGGUAUUUCUCCAUUCCUCCAAAAGCAAUGUAGCACUCAUCAAAAUCUUCAAAGGCACACGCGACCCGUUGAGGCAACGAUUCUCAACCGCAACUAU